AUGUCAACCCGAACCACAUCCCGUUCUCAAGACGAAAAGACCGUUCGAGACUGGGGAUUCUCGCAUGUCUUCACGUGGACUGAUGGGCCGCAUGCACAUUACCAGCCGCACGCCCAUUCCGGGUUGACGACCCAUCUGAUCCGCCGAGGGUCUAUGACAGUCACAUAUCCUCGCGAUGCAAGUCCCACCAAGGAGACGUUUGGCGUGGGCGCGAGGGUAGAUGUGCCGGCGGGCAAGGUCCACGAGGUCUGGAUGGGAGAUGAAGGUAUGCCCGGAAACUAUGCAUGGUCUCAAGCUGUGUGGGGACGGCCCAUUUUGCUGUUGGUUAUCCUGGAAAGCUGA